GUCCAUCCCAACUUAUUGUGCAUCAGAGAAGUCACACUGAAGAGAAACCCCACAAAUGUGAAGAAUGCAGUAAAUCUUUUAGUUAUCCUUCACAUCUUAUUGUGCAUCAGAGAAUCCACACUGGAGAGAAACCCUACAAAUGUGAUGAGUGUAGCAAAUCUUUUGCUUAUUCCUCAUAUCUUGUUCUGCAUCAGAGGUCCCACACUGGAGAGAAACCAUACAAAUGUAAAUAUUGUGACAAAUCCUUCUCUACUUCCUCAAACCUCAGUAAACAUGAGAGAAUACAUAGUGGAGAGAAACCAUUCAAAUGUUGUGAAUGUGACAAAUCCUUUAAUGAUUGCUCAAGUCUUAGAAACCAUACAAUAAUCCAUACUGGAGAAAAACCCUACAAAUGUGAGGAAUGUGACAAAGCCUUCAAUAAUUAUACAAACCUUACUCAACAUCAGAGAAUUCAUGCUGGAGAGAAACCCUACAAAUGUGAAGAAUGUGGAAAAUCAUUUACAGUCAGCUCUAAUCUUUCAAGACAUCAGAGGAUUCAUACUGGAGAGAAACCCUACAAGUGUGAGGAAUGUGGCGAGUCAUUUAAGUUCCACUCUAGCCUCAGCAGUCAUAAAAAACUUCAUUCUAGGGAGACACCUUAG